UGCGCCCCACUGCGCCCGAAGCAGGCUGGGUGGGCUGAGGGCGCUGAGUGAGAAUCAGUGAGAGUACAACAUCCGGUGUCAGCAUCUGCUGUGUUUCGCUAUCUUUUCUUUAGUUUGUGACAUAUUGGAGUCUUCUUUCUGAAACAACCUUAAAUGUUUCUUUUUGUGUGGCGUCGUGGCCUCUGAAAAAAGGAGAAAGCGGCGGGCGUAGGCUGCGACGCUAGAUUCUUUUGUUGAAAGGGAGCGACCGACAUGGCCAGAGAAUAUGACCACCUCUUCAAAUUACUGAUAAUAGGCGACAGUGGAGUCGGAAAGAGUUCCUUGCUUUUGAGGUUUGCAGACAACACCUUUUCUGGGAGCUAUAUAACAACCAUUGGUGUUGAUUUCAAGAUACGAACUGUAGAAAUUGACGGUGAAAGAGUGAAAUUGCAGAUUUGGGAUACAGCUGGACAAGAAAGGUUUCGCACUAUAACGUCAACUUAUUACAGAGGAACGCACGGUGUUAUUAUUGUUUAUGAUGUCACAAGUGGGGAUUCAUUUGCCAAUGUCAAAAGGUGGCUUCACGAAAUUGAACAAAACUGUGAUGUUGUCAACAAAAUAUUGGUUGGAAACAAGAAUGAUGCUCCAGACAGAAAAGUUGUCUUGACAGAAGAUGCACAGCGGUUUGCAAGUCAGAUGAAUGUACAGUUGUUUGAAACUAGUGCCAAAGAUAACAUCAAUGUCGAAGAGAUGUUCAUGGCAAUAACCCGGCAAGUGCUGCGCACCAAAAAGGAACGCAAGGAACGACAGGCAAUUCACAGCAACGAAACAGUCAACUUGCGUAAAUCCAAUAAGCAGAGCAAGAAGAAGUGCUGUUAACAUUACAGUCUGUCAGAGGCAGCCUUGCCAGCCCCCAUCAUUCAGCCCUUCCAUGUACUGCAAGCAUAAAUAACCAUUGACAGGUCAUGUGCUUCAAGCAGGAGAACUUUCAUAUGAGACUGAACAAAUCAACACACUCCUGAUUCGGCUGCAAUUUUGAAGCAUAUUGCUGUCACUGUCCAUAUAGGACCUCAGUGUUUUUUGAGUGUGGGUGUCUAGCGUGUGUGAUUGAAAAUAGUUAUGGAAAACAUUGGUUGCAGCUCCAGAAAUAUUUUGGUGUUGUGCAGUUUGCCAUAAGUGUGAAAGAACUUGUUCAAUAAGCAUUGGGACCUUGUGUAUUUUCGUAAUAACGCUUUACGUAAAUAGCUUAUUUUGCUUGCCUAGAAAUUCAGUUUCUCUAUUGAAUGGAUGAAGGAUUAAUAUGAACGCAUUAAAAUGUAUAUUAUGGAGACAAGCCAGCUGUAUAAAGUGUAGAGCAUUGAAUACUUGGGGACCAGGCACCAGCUAGCCAGUGUCACCGCCCAGCGCCGACUUGAGUGCAGGAAACCUGUCCCAUUCCAUUCUCAUCUAGCCAGCUCUCCUGCCAGUAGUGUAAAUAGUGACAUGUUGGAAAUGGCAUUAUAGAUGAAAAGUAUGUAUUCAUGGAUUUCUUUGAGGAAUAUUUUGCAUUAUUCCACAUCGAAAGAAGGUAUUUAUUGUACCUUAUACUCUGUUUCUGCCUUUGCAUCUUCAACAUGUAAAUUUGUAAAGGUGGUUCGCUAACAUUGCAGAUGCAUUUGUUUUGUUAGAGCACUGGAUGUCCCAAAAUUAGUAUUUCAAAGCAAAUUAAAUUUAUGAUCUUUUCUUGGGGAGAAGAAAUUGUGCAUGAAAAUAGAUGCAAACCAAAACAAGAUAUAGUGAUAUUAGAAAACGUUAAGGCAAAGUGUAUAUUAUAUAAUUGUGAAGUAAUGAGGAUUUGUCAGGUGUAAAUUUUGUAUGAAUGUAGAUGUUGCCUGCUAAAGGGCUUCACAUGCAUUAUUCUGUAUAUUAAAGCUGUAUUUGAUAUGGAUUAAAAAGGAAAUUAGAAUGUUAAAUGAAGUUGUAAUAAACAAAAACUUGGUUACAUACUCAGUAAAUGGUAAAGAAUUUUGGUUGCAUGCUUCCUUUACAUCAUAGUGAAACUAUGUCCAUCCAAUAUUUUGUAAAGUCGUAGGACAAAUCAGGUGUAUGAAAUCAGAUGUACCGUAAUAUUACAUGUUUGAUGAGAAGAAACAGUGGAAAUGAUAUUGAAAAAUUUGAUAUAAAGUACUUGAAUGUGCGGUGCACUUAUGUCAGUCUUCCUUGGUUGAAGUGACUAAAUGAUAUAUAUACUUCAAGAACUGUUUGCAGAAUUUGCACUAUGAAAGAAAUACUAUUCUUGCAAACUAGUUGAUUUCCAAGGGAAUUUCAUGUAACCCGUGGAAUUGCAGCAGUGGCAGCAAUUGUUCACUGCUAAAAUUGUGUAAAACACAUUGUCCUCCCCUGAGAAUGAGGCUUUAACUUACUCAGGUGUUCUUCAUGAAUGUACUUGCUUCCACGAAUUUUUCUAGCGGUAACUUUAUUAACACUAGGGCUUGGAGAGCUGGCCACAUUCCAUAUGGAUCUAGCCAAUGUAUCAGUGUAUUUUAUGACCACUUGCUGUAUAGAAUAAAACUUGUGUAUAAGAAAAAAAUAACUUACCUUUAUGACAAGGAACAUUGAUUCUACACCUUACUGCAAUGGCCGUCUCAUUUCUUGGAAGAUAAUUACCUUUUCUCCCAUUUGUUACUGCUUUUUCACGUUUGUAAAAAAAUGUCCUUUCUCUUGUAGCCAACUUCGACUGCAUGUAUUUGAAGGGAGGAAGUUAACAUUUCACCAUGUAUUAUGAAGACAAUUGUGGCAUUUCCUUACUAAUUUCAAAUGGCACUUGCUUCUGAAUUCUUGGAAUGGGAAUAAAAUAUAAUUAGAAUUGUGAAUAUUGAAUUCUAUAUUUGGUCCAGCAAGGCCUAACUGUGUACAAAAUCAGACUUUAAAAAUACAUCUUAUAAUGGUACUUCAGACAAUAACUGAUAGACAUUUUGGUUUUUGAAACUAUUACCUACAGUGUCUGCCCUGCUAUAUCAUUUUAAAACUGACCACUUUUUUCAUUCAUCCC